AUGAUUAAUUUACAAACCUUAGAUUUUCAUUUAUCAAACUUUGAAGAAUCCAACAGAUGUUUUAACGAUGAAGAAAAAUUUGGGAUAUUAUAUGGAAUGACAACAUUAGAAGAGCAUAUAAAUAAAGAGAUAUAUCUGUGGGGCAAAAUUGAAGGUCUAGAAUAUGAUUAUUAUAUUACAUAUUAUUUUAAUCAAGAGAAUUUUUUUCCAAAGAAAAAAUUUUAUUAUUGUAGAAAUGAUUAUGUGUUUCAUGAGAUGUUAAAGGGGAAUGAUGAUUUUAUAGAAAAUAUUGAGAGGAAAUUACCUUUUACCUUUUUUAGUGGAUAUCCUCAAAGGAUCUUUUAUUCUAAGGAUAAAACGAAAGGAUUGAAAAAGAAGGUGACCGACGGGGGUGAUAGUAAUGAUGAUAGUGAUGAUAAUGAAAAUAAUGAUAGUGAUGAUAAUGAAAAUAAUGAUAGUGAUGAUUGUGAUAAUAAUAAUAGUGAUGACCACAGUAAUGAUGGUGAUGAUAAAAUAAAAUCUCCUUCAUAUACUACAAAAGAAAAAAAAAAGAGUCAGAGGAAAAACCUUUAUAAUGACAAAAAUACAGACAUAAAAAAAAAAAAAUAUGAGAAACAAAAUAUUACAGAAUUAGAUAGAUUAUCAUAUACUGUUAGAAAAAUAGACGAAGAAGCUUUUAUCAUACCUUAUAAUUCUAUAAGAAUAACAAACAACUUAGAAAUGAAAUUUUGUAACUUUAGUGGAUUCAAUAUAUUAGAUGCAUUAAAAUUAACUUCAUGGGUUCAUUUUCGAUAUCCAAAAAAUUUAACAUAUGACAAAAUUAAGAAUUAUAAUUCUUUUUUUCUAAAUAAUUUUUUAGAUUCUAUAAAAAGUGAUAUCCCUUCAAAUAUAUGGAAUAUAAAAAUAAAUAAACAAUUAAAUAAAAUUUCUAUAUUAAAUGCUUUAUAUCCCGGUUAUAUAUUUUAUCAUAUGCUUAAUACGCCGUUUUAUGCAUCUUUAUAUAUAGGCACAGGAGUAUCAAAUUAUGAUCUCCCAUUUUUACUACCAUAA